AUGAAGGCGUAUCGGCUUGCGUCGGGACUGUCUGGCAGCCUCACACGCAGCGCGUAUGGCGUGCGGAUGACCCGAUGGACACCACAACAUAGACGAGCGACGGGCGGCCCAGCUCCAACCCAAAACGCGGGGACACCAGCAACAAACGGGAGUGAGAACGGGAAUGGAAAUGGGAAAGGGACUGGCGGAAAGGGCUGGGGUGCAGCCGCAACAGCGGCUGUUAUAGGGGCCGUCGGCUUUGGUGCAGGCGUACUGUUCACGAGACAUAACACGACGGCGACAACUGACCGACCCCCAUACGCCAGCCCCGCCGAGAUGCUAGUAGCCGCGAAGGAAAUCGCCCAGCUGCUCGGCGAGGACGCAGUGACCUACGACCCUGAGGUGCUCGAGCACCACGGACACUCGGACUGGUCAACAUCCAACUCGCCCGGCCGCGCGGUGGCCGUCGUGUACCCAAGGUCGACCGAGGACGUGUCGGCCAUCGCGCGCAUCUGUCACGGCCGAAACGUGCCGAUGGUGCCGUUCGGUGCCGGAUCGAGCAUCGAGGGCAACUUCUCGCAGCCGCACUCGGGCAUCUGCAUCGACUUUGCCUACAUGGAUAAGAUCAUCGCGUUUCACCCGGACGACAUGGACGUAGUAGUGCAGCCGGGGGUCAACUGGAUGGACCUGAACCGGCAGAUCGCGGACAGCGGCCUGUUUGCGCCCAUGGAUCCCUCGCCGACGGCCAGCGUGGGCGGGAUGAUCUCGACCAACUGCUCCGGCACCAACGCCUUUCGCUACGGCACGAUGAAAGACUGGGUGCUCAACCUAACGGUGGUGUUGGCCGAUGGGACCGUCAUCAAGACGCGACGGCGCCCGCGCAAGACCUCGGCCGGGUACAACCUGACAUCGCUCUUCGUGGGCGCAGAGGGCACACUGGGGAUGGUCACGGAAGCCACGCUCAAGCUGGCUCCCAUCCCGCAGGACACUAGCGUGGCGGUCGUUCCGUUCCCGACGAUUCGCGCAGCUGCAGCCGCUGCGACGGCCAUGAUCCGAUCGGGCAUCCAGCUCGCCGCGCUCGAAAUUAUGGACGAGCAGCAGAUGGCCAUCCUCAACGCGUACGGUAGCCCGACCGUCCGCAAGCGCCACUGGGCCGAGCAGCCGACCUUGUUUCUCAAGUUCUCCGGCACCACUGACGCGAUUCGCUCCGACAUUGCCCGGAUCGACGCCUUGUUACAGGCUCUCCCAGCAGCCGAUUCAACACCAGACAAUACUACCCCAACUACAACAACCGCGGAAGCCGCAGCAGAAACAGCAGCAGAAGCACCAGCAGCAACAGCAACAGCAGCCAUCCCCUUCCACUUCGCCCGCAGCAAGCAAGAAGAACACGACCUCUGGGCCGCCCGCAAGGAAGCCCUCUUCACCAUGACCUCGACGCGCCCCUCCGGCCAUGCAAUGUGGUCCACCGACGUAGCAGUCCCCAUCUCCCGCCUCGCCGAAAUGGUCGAUUGGUCCAAAGCCGAGUGCAGUCAACUCGGCAUCUUUGCCAGCGUCGUCGGCCACGUCGGCGACGGCAACUUCCAUGUGGCCAUGACGUACGACCCUGCGGAUGCGGUGCAAGCGGAGGCUGUCCGGCGGUGUGUGCAUCGCAUGAUGGACCGGGCGCUGGAGAUGGAAGGGACGGUGAGUGGGGAACAUGCGAUUGGGAUUGGGAAGAAGGCGUGUUUGGUGGAUGAGCUGGGGGUGGAGACGAUUGGGGUGAUGAGGAGGUUGAAGAAGGCGGUGGAUCCGAAGGGGGUGAUGAAUCCGGGGAAGGUGUUUGACUGA